CAGCCGUGCCCGCAGGAAAAGCUCCGGGGUCUCGAGGCCCGGUGCUCCAGGGCGGGUGAGGGGCGGGCGGGGGCCGGCGGGGCGGGCGCGCAGUGGCUGGGUCUCCGGACGCUGCGGGGGCGGCCCUCCCUGCGUCCCACUUGGUACGCGCCAGUACAUAGGCCAGGCCCAGCCCGGGCGGUACAAUAGGGUUGGGCCGAGGCUGGGACUGGGCCGGCGCCGGGAAGGGAGGAGGAUCGCGGUCGGAUCCGACAGGCCCUGGGCGGCCGGCGACUCUGAGCCUCUCAGGCCACCAGCCGAACCAGCCUCUGCCUUCCCUAGAGCUCCCCCGCCUCCGAGUCGUUGCCCGCUGGGCCGGGCCAGGCGUGAUGCGCCGCGGGAUCCCUGGCCUGGCCGCCGGCCGCCGCCGCCGCCGCCGCUGAGACCCCAAGAUCCCCCUGUGACGCCGCAGCCAUGGAGAGCGGCCCACAUGCCGAGCCGGGUGCUGGCGCACCCCCAGCUGUGGCAGCCAGGACCCCCCCAGAGCCAAGACCUUCUCCAGAAGGUGACCCCUUUCCACCACCACCACCACCACCGAUGUCAACCCUGGUCCCUGACACUCCCCCGGACACGCCUCCUGCCAUGAAGAAUGCCACUAACUCUAAGCAGCUCCCACUGGAACCAGAGAGCCCCUCAGGGCCCGUCGGGCCUAGACCAGCCCUCCAGCAGGAAGAGUCCCCUUUCUCAGAAGCAAAGAUCAGGGGAGCCACCCCACCAGCCACAGGCCCACGGGAUUCCAGGCCUCCUCGAAGGAGCAGCCAGCCAUCUCCAACAGCAGUGCCAGCCUCGGAUAGCCCUUCCACCAAGCAAGAUGUGAAGAAGGCAGGAGAGAGACACAAGCUGGCAAAGGAGCGGCGGGAAGAGCGGGCCAAGUACCUGGCCGCCAAGAAGGCAGUGUGGCUGGAGAAGGAGGAGAAGGCCAAGGCAUUGCGGGAGAAGCAGCUGCAGGAGCGACGGCGGCGGCUGGAGGAGCAGCGGCUCAAAGCUGAGCAGCGCAGAGCAGCCCUGGAGGAGCGGCAGCGGCAGAAGCUCGAGAAAAACAAGGAGCGCUAUGAAGCAGCCAUUCAGCGGUCAGUGAAGAAGACAUGGGCUGAAAUCCGGCAGCAGCGCUGGUCCUGGGCAGGAGCCCUGCACCACAGCUCCCCGGGACAUAAGACCAGUGGGAGCAGGUGCUCCGUGUCGGCAGUAAACCUGCCCAAACACGUGGACUCUAUAAUCAACAAGCGGCUCUCAAAGUCCUCUGCCACACUCUGGAACUCCCCCAGUAGAAAUCGCAGCCUGCAGCUGAGCGCAUGGGAGAGCAGCAUCGUGGACCGUCUCAUGACGCCCACCCUCUCCUUCCUGGCACGGAGUCGCAGUGCGGUCACACUGCCCCGCAAUGGCCGGGACCAGGGUAGGGGCGGCGGCCCUGGGAGAGCCCCCACCAGGGGCCGGGCAGGGGCCAGCCUCGCAUGUGGGCCACACCCCGACCGCACUCGUCCCUCCGCAGCCGUGCCGGUGUGCCCGCGCUCGGCCUCCGCCAGCCCUCUUACACCGCCAUGCAGCGCCCCGCGCAGCAGCGUGCACCGCUGCGCCCCCUCCGGGGAGCGCGGGGAGCGCCGCAAGCCCAGCACCGUGGGCAGCCCCGCCCCGGUCCGCCGCCGGCCUGAGGCCUCACCGGUGCAGAAGAAGGAGAAGAAAGACAAGGAGCGGGAAAACGAGAAAGAGAAGAGUGCCCUGGCCCGGGAGCGCAGCCUCAAGAAACGGCAGUCACUGCCUGCCUCUCCGCGCCCACGCCUCUCUACCGGCGGGACCUUUGAGCUCAGUCCCAAAUCCAAGGCCCGGCCAUCCUCUCCCUCCACAUCCUGGCACAGGCCUGCCUCUCCCUGCCCCAGCCCAGUGCCCAGCCAUGCUCUGCCCCCCAAACCACCAUCCCCCCGAGGAACCACUGCAUCACCCAAGGGACGGGUUCGGAGGAAGGAUGAGGCAAAGGAGAGCCCCAGUGUGACAGGACCCGAGGACAAGAACCAGAGCAAGGGCAAGGCCAGUGACGAGAAGGAGCCCACAGCCCCAGCCUCACCAGCACCUUCACCUGUGCCCUCACCCACCCCAGCGCAACCCCAGAAGGAGCAGCCCACAGCCGAGAUCCCUGCAGAUACUGCUGUCCUGACCUCCCCCGCAGCCCCAGCUCCCCCGGCGACCCUUAGCAAACCCAUGGCGGGCACCACAGACCGAGAAGAGGCUACUCGGCUCCUGGCUGAGAAGCGGCGCCAGGCCCGGGAGCAGCGGGAGCGUGAGGAACAGGAGCGGAAGCUACAAGCAGAAAGGGACAAGAGAAUGCGAGAAGAGCAGCUGGCGCGGGAGGCCGAGGCCCGGGCGGAGAGGGAGGCAGAGGCCCGGAGGCGGGAGGAGCAGGAGGCUCGAGAGAAGGCACAGGCGGAGCAGGAGGAGCAGGAGCGGCUGCAGAAGCAGAAAGAGGAAGCCGAAGCUCGAUCCCGAGAAGAAGCAGAACGCCAGCGUCUGGAGCGGGAAAAGCACUUCCAGCGGGAGGAGCAGGAGCGGCAAGAGCGCAAAAAGCGUCUGGAGGAGAUCAUGAAGAGGACUCGGAAGUCAGAAGCUGCUGAAACAAAGCAGAAGCUGGACAGAAAGGAGGCAGACACCAAUAAUUCCAGCCCAGAUCCUGUCAAAACCGGAGAGUCCCGGCCCUCAGGGCUGCAGAAGGAGGCUGUGCAGAAAGAGGAGCUGGCUUCCCAGGAGCCUCAGUGGAGCCUGCCAAGUAAGGAGUCACCGGGGUCCCUGGUGAAUGGCCUGCAGCCUCUCCCAGCACACCAGGAGAAUGGCUUCUCCCCCAAGGGACCCUCCGGGGACAAGAGUCUGGGCCGAACGCCAGAGGCACUUCUGCCCUUCGCAGAGACAGAAACCUUCCUCAAGAAAGCCGUGGUGCAGGCCCCGCAGGUCACAGAAGUCCUUUAAGGGGUUGCCUUGGAUCCAGGCACAGCUGAGGGCUCCUCUGCAUCAUCUACCAGAAUGUCUGGAAAAGAAAAGAGACAGAACAAAGCCAGAAGUGGCCUGGGCCCCUGGGGGUGGGUCCUCUCUGUUAUUUUUAAUCUGCACCUUAUAGACUGUUGUCUCUUUGGCUGGAGCCAGAACCUGCUCCUCAAUGCAUUCGUGUGCUCACACGCGCGGACACCCCCCCCACACACACAUACACUCACAGCCUCUCUGGUCCUUCCCUUGAGGAAGGGCCGCCUGUAGUAUUUGCCUUGGUUUGGUGGGGUACAGUGGAUGUGAAUACUGUAAAUAGCUUGUGCUCAGACUCCUCUGGGUGGAGGGGGUGGGUGCAGGAGGUAGACCCUCCCAAGACUCCCAGGGGAGAUCUUCCUCUCUAUUUAACUGUAACUGAGGGGGAACCCAGGUCUGGGGAUGGGGGGCACCUUGGGCCACAGGAUGCUGGUUGCUUUAGGGGUACCCAUGCUCCCUGUCCUUGCCUGGAAUCAGUGUUAACUGCAUCUGAUCAAACUUCUCCAGAAAUAAAGUGAGAAUAAUUCUGCCAGUCCUGUCUAUCCCUGGGGCUGGCGGUGUGGGGGGGAGCAGGUGGCCUCCCGAAUUCUAAGAGCUUUAGGAGAGAGGGCCUGGGGAUAUCUACCCCUGCCUAGUACUAGUCCUAGACAUCCUGCCUGUGGUCUCCUAGUUUAGCCAUUAAUUCACUCACAUAUUCAUUCGACAAAUAUGGUUGCAUCUACUCUGUACCAAGCAGUGGGUUACAUGCUAGAAACGCAGUAGUAGGAAAAGACACAGCCUCUGUUCUCAGGGAGUUUACAGCCUAGCAGGUGAGUGUCAUAGACACUGUGAGUUGCCAACUCAACAUCCAUUCCCAUUGCCCCUUCCUCAUUCCAAACAGAAUCCUGAUUUUGUUCAGGUGGCCAUCCUCCUCCUGGAUCCCACCCUGUGCUUGAUCAGAGAUGGAUCCUACCCUUGGGUGAAUCAUGAUUGUAAUGAGCCAUAAAUGGUGGUCCCAAAGCCCUCAUGUGUGAUUGGUUUGGGUAUGAGUACAUGACACAAUUCCAGCUAGCAGAUAUAAAGAAGAGCCUCCUGGGCUUCUAUAGGAGAGACUGCCUCACUUUUGAAAAAUAUACCUUGUGGUAGCCAGCCUUGAAGUUGACCUCCUAUUGUCCCCCGCUUCCUAGUGUUUACACCCUGUGUAGUCCCUUCCAUGUUGCACCAGGGUUGGGCUAAGUGACUGACAGAAUACAGAAGUGAUGGUGGGUCACAUCCAAGAUUCCAUCAUAGAAGACACUGCAGCUUCUGUCUUGGCUGCUCUCACUCUUGGAUAAAUCCCUCUGGAGGAGGGGUAGUAGCUACAUCACCGACAGCCUUAUGGAGAGGCCCGAUGAAGGGACUCAAGCCCCCUGCCAACAGCCACGUGAAUAAGCCUGGAAGCAGCUUCUCCAGCCCCAGUUAAGCCUUCAGAUGACUCCGGCCCUGAUAACCUCACGAGAGACCCUCUGCUAGAACCAACCAGCUAAGCCACACCUGGGUUUCUAACCCUUGGAAACUGUGAGAUAAUAAAUGUUGUUUUAAACUGCUAA